UGAUAAAUGGACAGAUGAUAUGAUGUCCGGUAGAAUCUUCCAUCCUGCUUAGAGAUCACUCCAAAUGGACAAGUGGAUAUGGAUUUUUCUGGCGAUUUCUCUACAUACUAGCCACGUUGACUGCAAUGCUGUCUGUACACGAUGGAAAACAACAUACAGGACAGUAACAGAGUGGCGAUAUGAACCUGUUCGAAAGACUAGAAAAAGGAGAUGUGGAUUUUUGAGGCUUAAAAAAUGUAGAGAUGAAUAUUGGGAGAAUGUACAAGUCCAACGUACGAAGACUGUUGAAGAUAAACACGUAGAGCAAUUCUGUUGUGAUGGGUUUCGCAGUAAUAAUGGUAACUGCGAGCCAAUAUGCUAUCAAAGCUGUAUCAAUGGGUUUUGCUCAGCGCCAAGUACAUGUAGCUGCAACUCUGGUUACUCAUACAAGUCUCAGUACGUCUGUACUCCAGUGUGCAGCAAACCUUGUCACAACAGCAUCUGCUUACAUCCAGAAACCUGCUCGUGCAAUCCAGGAUUUGUAAAAGAUGCUUCGGACAAGUAUACUUGCAUCCCGUUUUGUUCGAAGGGAUGUAGCAAUGGGAAGUGUACCGGACCCGAACAAUGCACUUGUAACGAUGGCUACAAGAAAGAUCAAGAAGUUUGUAAACCGAUUUGCAGAAAGGAAUGUCAAAAUGGAGAAUGCACCGCACCAGAAACCUGUUCAUGCGUGUUCGGAUACAAAAUUGACCCUAUGGAUAGAUACAACUGCACUCCUGUUUGUAGCCAGCCGUGUCAAAACGGAAUUUGUUCCCAGCCUGAAGUUUGCUCUUGCCACAGAGGAUAUGAGAAGGUAGAUCAAUAUUCCUGCAAACCUGUGUGCUCGAAGGAAUGUCAAAAUGGAGUGUGCACAGCACCAGAAAUCUGCACCUGUAACAAAGGCUACACGAAAGAAAGCGACUACAUUUGUGUUCCUAUCUGUUCCAAGAAAUGUCAAAAUGGAAUCUGCAGCGCACCUGAAAUAUGUAGUUGUAACGCCGGAUAUGAACUGGAUCGCUCAGAUGUCUACGUCUGUAGACCAGUCUGCACUGGUGGGUGUACAAAUGCUAACUGUACAGCACCUGAAACCUGUUCAUGUUUUGAAGGCUAUGAGAAAGGUUUGGAUCGAUCAAAAUGCAAACCAGUUUGUGAUGAGUGUAUCAAUUCAGACUGUACUGCACCUAAUGAAUGCUCUUGUCACACUGGAUUCGUUAAAGAUGAAAUAAGUCCAAACCGAUGUAAUCCGUAUUGCUCCAAGAAGUGUGAAAAUGGAUUUUGUUCUGCACCAGAAGAAUGCACUUGUUAUGACGGUUUCACCAAAAGCGAUGCAUAUGAAUGCAUAGCAGUUUGCUCAAAAUUGUGUGUCAAUUCUGAAUGCACGUCACCGGAAGUCUGCACUUGCUGGGCCGGCUAUGAAGCGGAUCACCAUGACAAAUACUCCUGCAACCCAGUUUGUUCAAAAGAGUGUAUAUUUGGAGAAUGCAUGGCACCUGAAAUCUGCAUUUGCUUUGACGGAUAUAUCUGGUCUGAUGAUCCAUAUAUUUGCGAACCUCACUGUUCUUUACCGUGUGUGAAUGCCAACUGUACAAAGCCGAAUGUAUGCCAAUGUCUGGAUGGAUAUAGGAAACAAAGCGAACAUAUUUGCGAACCAGUUUGCUCUUUAGGAUGCAUUAAUGGUAACUGUAUUAAACCAGAGGUGUGUGAAUGUCUUGCUGGGUAUGCUUUCUUCAGUCCUUAUGUUUGUGAACCGGUUUGCUCUGAAUGCCAGUUUGGCUCUUGCGUUCUUCCAGAAGUUUGUCAUUGUUGGGAGGGCUAUGAGAAUCUAGGAAAUGAAUCUUGUGUCCCAGUUUGUCAAGAGGAUUGUGUCAACAGUGAAUGCUCAGCUCCCAACACCUGCACUUGUAUAGAAGGGUUUGUCAACUCUACUGGUAAUUCAAGCUACUGUUCUCCUUAUUGUUCAAGAGACUGUGUUAAUGGUAAAUGUGUAGAUCCUGAAACUUGCGAGUGUGAUCCAGGCUUCACAGAGAAUUAUGAAGAUUCGUUCUCUUGUGAGCCAUACUGUUCUGAAGAUUGUCUCAAUGGAGUCUGCUCUGCUCCAGAAACUUGUAGCUGUCUCUUGGGUUUUGAAGGGUCAAGCAACUCGUCCAACUGUACUGAUGUAAAAAGCUCUUACCACCAGUGUUUUGCCACAGGGGAUAUUUCUAUAUCAACCGGUUGCUCGAGUCAGCUUAUUGUUCAUGAUUUGGAAUGUCCUUUAUUCAAAAUUUUGAUAGCUAAGUAUGUGCAGAAGUCAAGUCAAGCUAUUUUCAAUCUAACUUGUUUUUUUAACUACACAUCUGAAGACUCCAAUGAUAUUGUAGAAGUAGAAUGUGUAACGGAAGAUUUCAAGCAUGAUAUAAUAUCCCAAGACAUUGAUAUUUUGUUUCAUUCAACCACACAAGUUUCAGAAAACACUGACUCAACAUUCUGGAGUGAAACUGAAACAGCUUUUACUACAGAUGUGGUAUCUACUGAAGAGUUUUUUGAAACAUCUGAAGAUUUCAGUACACUUAACUACUUACAGUUCAAUAGUAUGGAUUAUGAAGAAUUGACACUCAAAUCGACAACAGGAGAAUUUACUAAAACAACUGAAGAUUUCGGUCCAUCGAACUACUUACAAUUCAACAGUAUGGAUUAUGAAGAAUCGACAACAGGAGAAUUUACUAAAAGAUCUGAAGAUUUCGGUCCAUUGAACUACUUACAAUUCAAUAGUACAGAUUAUGAAGAAUCGACCAUCGAAUCUACAACAGAAAAUGAACAAAUGAUGGUUGACAAUGUGACUGCCUUUGAUUAUGAUAGCCCACACGAUUAUUAUAGCACAUAUAACUUUGAAUAUUUGAGCACAAAUGAUUAUCAAUCUAGUGAGUUUAGUACAUAUUCAACACAAAUUACAAAUACAGAGUUUCAUCAAACCAGUACCAAAGAUUAUGUUAAGUUGGCGAGGUUUACUCUCAAAAUAAACAAUGUGCCUCUGAUUGUAAAAGAAAAAAUGACUGAGGAGUCCUUUGAAGAGUUCCUAAAGAUAGAUAAACUUAAAUCUGAUUGGUGUGUUCGUUCAAUUGCAACAUUUGGAGAUUCCUGUGGUGAGAGUUUUGAGCUUCAGAUUAAUUUUGGAAAGUGUUUCAAGGCUCCAGUAAAUUUUGUGGAUUUAGAUCUCUUUCUCGAGAUGACUAAGUCUUAUUGGUACAUACUUCUGUCAUUAUUCCUUCUGACCUUUGCAGUUAUUUACUUUCCAAUUCAUAAAUGCUGGAAAAGGAACAGAAAAGUGGACUACAUGAAGACAGAGUUAGAGGAAGAGAUGAAAAGAAGAAGAUUGCCGAAGAAGCAUGCCACACAAGAAUCAGAGCUGUAGCGUACAAACCAAUUUUUAAAGGUCAACUUUGCCUCAAUCAAUCAAUCUUUAUUUGCUGUAAGAUACAUAACAUAUCAUUGACAAAGUCAGGGGUUACAGUUUUCAAUCCAAGUCUUUACAUAAAUAACAAAAUAUUCUUAUAGGCUAAAUAUUUACAACUACAACUCAUAAAUUCAUUACCUCAUUACAAUUCACCACUUAGAGUGUCAAGCAGGAUGUGGGAAGAGCAAAAUGUCCAUUCACACUCAAAUUUCCCUCCCACCCCCUUUGCUUUAAUUAUAUGGUGAUGUUAUAACAAAAAUUAAUUGUCAUUGACAGUCAUAGUCAUAGUUUAUUCAUAAGUAUACAUAGUUAUACAUGAAUUGCACUAAAUAAAGUAAAACUAAUGCUUAAACUGAGGUAACCAUUUUAAUUAUUCUAAAGAAUAUACGGACAGGUCUAUAACUAUUCCUAUAUUUGCAUUGACAGUCUGUUUCAAACCUCUUAGUUAUGAUUUCCAAUUACAAAGUUAUUUUUGUUGUGUGUGUCGUAGUUAUGAUUGCUUACAUUAAUUUGACGGUUAAAAUUUGGUUUUUGACAAACACUAAAUGGUCAAGAACAUAUAAGCCAUACAUAGUGAGGGUUCUUGAACGUUUAAAGUGUUCUUUUUAUUUGCUGAAUAAUUUUUGUUAAUUUUUAACAUAGCUCUGAUAGAUUGCUUCUGAAUUGUCUAAGUUUUUCAAGAUUCCUUUUUGAGGUAGCUCCAUACCCAUGUAGCACAGAUGGUUGGGCCAACGUUGGUAAAUUGUGGAGCCACACAGUUGGCCAACGGUAGAAAUGUCACCUCUUUAAACUGUUUUCCAACCAACCAUUGUCCAACAAUGGCCCAACCAUCCAAAAAUACUGAUGGCCAACUAACCAUAACACAACUGAUAUCCAACCAACCGUUGUAUUUAACACAAAAUAAUAAAG